CUCAAGUUUUGAAUAAGCGUGUAAGUUGACAGAAGAAAAAGGAAUGUUCAUGUGAAAUAAAUAAAUAAAACAUUCUUUUCGAUUCAGAGCCUUGCGGACGAGAUAAAAUAUGAAAUCUCAGUGCGUGUUUAAUGAAUUUUAUUCACGUCUAGGCCCAGUUGAUUCAUUGUCGAAUUGUUUUAAAAAUGGUUGAUAUUACUGUUCUACCGCCCGAGAUAAUUUCAAAGAUUUUCGAGUUUCUUAGGCAUGAAGAUCGUCUCGCUGCAGCAUGUGUAUGCAAACAAUGGCUCGAUUUAGCAUUUAGCCCGAAAUUUUGCAGGCGCCUGUGUCUUCAACUUAACACAAACAGUAAAUUUACAGCCCUAAGGAGCAGCAUUUUCUGGAGACGCUGUCGAAAGGUGACAUUACGUUGUGAUGAAAUUGAUAAUGAAAAUCUACAGAUCAUUAUUGAUUUUCUAAAGAAUGCACCAUUGGAAUGGUUUCACAUUGAUGGUGAUAGUGUUGUCGUAAAAGAAUUGCUUGGCAGCGACAUGCAGCAUAUGACGCAUCUAAGUCUAUAUCUGCAUUACAAUGCGGGGCACGGGAGCGAAGCAGAUUUUAAUAUUAAUUUCAACAGCGUGAAGUACUUGAACUUACGCGCUCCUAUAGGACGGUACCUAUCGUUAAACGUCAAUUGUCCAAAUCUAAUUGCUGUAAAUAUGGUCGUUGUAAACGACGAAUGUGUUCCGGUAAUCACUAGUCUGCGAACGCAAUUACAGGGGUUAGAAAUCUCUGCUCCAUCAAGCGUAUUCCUGAAGCAGUUGGCUAAGGAGACAUUUGAAAAUUUAACUACGCUUAGCCUAUGGGUUGCACCACAUGGUAACGAUAUUGAACAGGUUCUUGAAAAAGUUCCGCAUCUGGAGGAUCUUUGCCUUAAUGUUGGCUAUACUGACACAAGUGUCGGAGCGUGUUUUACUGUUUUGAAACAUUUGAAACGCUUAACCUUGAUUGGGAUGACGAUCGAUAUAGUCGCAUUCUUUGGAACUCUUAAUAGCAUCAAAAGACUUCAAAUGUUAUCACUUGAACGGUGCAAUUUCACCACUGAGGAAACCAACCAAGCGAGUUCGAUUGCGUCGGAAAGCGUAACUAAUUUUAGACUGAGUAAUGAAUGCGACCACUACGUCAUGCCAAGCUUUCCAAAUCUUGAAGAAUUAGCAUUUCUUUAUAGCUGCCAGCCGACUGUUGACGUUCUUGGGGUAAUUUGUCAACAGUAUCCAAAGUUGAUCAAGUUGAACUUCGGAGGGAAUCCUGGCCUGAUUAGUAUGUUUCAUACGGAAACAUCCAUAAUAAAUUUCAAGAAACUUCGACACCUGAAAAGUGUUCAAUUCAGUCGAAUGUCUCUUGAGAACUACGAUUGGAUCACGUGCGGUGAGUUGAAGAUUCAAAAAUUAAGGCUAGUGGGUUGCAUGAUUGACGGCACAGGGGCUCUGCAGAUCGUUCAGACUUUUACUGGCCUCAGAGAGUUUUUCAUCGACAACAGUUACCUUCGACAGCCAUCAGAGGUGUUCGACAUCGACGAAGGUUGCACUAAAGGAUUACGUACCUAUCUGCCGCACUGUAGAGUGUCUUAUUAUGACUGUCACAUCGAGGCACCAUACAAUAUGUGCGGAGGACGAAAACAUCCCUCGGGAGGAUUAACACUAUAGUGUUUUAUGUAUUCUAAUAAGAUUUAAUAGCUAAAGAUUAUUCCAUUACACAUGGUAAACUGUGGAAAUAUAGUUUUGGUUCCAUGAACAA